AUGUCUUCUGGGUUCGCCGAUUUCGAUGCCGGUCAUCGUGACUUGGUAACUGUGACCAAAUUUAAUUUCUAUGGCAAUCGUAUCGUCACUGCUUCUUCGGAUCAUCGCAUGAAGGUUUGGGACCAGAAAGACGGCGAAUGGCAGCUGGUGGAUACGUGGCGCGCUCAUGAUGCAGAAAUACGCGAUGCUACUUGGAAUGGCCCAUUCACCGGUCAGCACAUUGCCAGCGUAGGGGAAGACAUGAAAUGCAAGAUCUGGCAAGAAGACGUCACUCAACCUCCCAACUCAGGGCGACGUUUCAGGUCCAUCUUUCGGAUGACGGCUCCGCAACGGCAUCCGUUCGUCUCAAUAGACUUCCGUAACAUCGAUCUCGAGUCGUGGCUUGCUGUAAUCACCCGGGAUGGCUACUUGAUGAUCAUGGAGCCUGUCGGUCCAGACUCUCUCGCGGACUGGCAGCCCCUCGACCAGUUUCGAGUUUGCGCGGCUCCUCAAAGAGGGGAGGAGACAAGCUUCAAAGUGCAGUUCCACCACGAUCCCGCGGAUAUCACCCAUCUUGUCAAUUCCGGUUGGGACCGCAAAAGUCUUUCCGUUGUUGUGGCAGCAAUGGAUAGCGUCAAGGUGUAUCGUACAGACGCCAACCGUCGCUUUUACCACGCAAUCGAGCUGACUGGACAUGGCGGGCUUGUCAGAGAUAUCUCCUGGGCCAACGGCUCUGUUCGCGGCUACGACCUAAUUGCAAGUGGCUGCAAGGAUGGUUUUGUCCGGGUCUUUGAAGUGUACACAUCGAAGUCUGACGGUGGUUCUCAGAAUGCCAAUGGGAAACACGUUGAGUCGCAAUCGCAAUCGCCUUCCCUGCGCGCAACUGCGCAGUCUGGGAUCGGAUCGGCUCUGGCACAUCGCACACCUGAGUCGGUAACAAAUCGGCCAGCGAAUGGUGAUUCGAACUUCAAGCAUUCUUUUAAGCAGGUCGCUUGUCUCGACAGCCAGCAUCUUGAUGUAUGGCAGGUAGAAUUUUCAUACGCAGGGGAUUGUCUCAUCUCAUCGGGUGACGACGGUGCUGUGCGCUUCUGGAAGAAAUCCUUGUCGGGGAAGUGGCUCGAAUACGCCGAAACCAAUAUGGCCGAUCAAUGA